UUGAUAUUUUGCUAUAUUUAUCAGCAAUCCCUAAUUUAAACCAAAGACGCGAAGCGAAAACUUAUCUGCAAAAAAAUAUUAAAAAUGCGUAGAGUAAGCUCCGCCGCCUUAUUAACAAAUGUGGAAGCCGCCGAGGCCAACAAGUCUUGUGAAGACAUAUCAGAUAUCGAUCUAAAUGAGGUGCCCGCCCAGCUGGAGGCCACUCUACAUCAUCACAGAUCCCGGGGCAGUUGUGUCAGUCUGUUUAACAUGGAUUUGGCCGAAUUCAUGAUAGACUCCACAAUGGUGGACACUGUGCAGCAGCAUCAGGAACGCGCCAAGGAGGAGGAGAAGAACUGGUACACACUGGUCUCCAAGGCUGUGAAAUCCUCCAAGGAGGCCGCCACACGGCAGUAUACCUUUGAGCCAAGUGAGGAACAGCAGCGUUAUCUCAAGGAGUGUCCCAAUUUGCAGAAUUUCAUACGCGGCUCGUUGCCUUUUAUGGACAAAGUCACCAGGUUUCUGGAGGAGCACAAAGAGGUAAUGGAUCUCCAGGAUGAGCUGGCGGAACAUGUCCAAUUUCAGCUAAACAGCAAGGUCAACAAUGCCAUACACGAGAAUCUAGCUGGCAACCGGCGGAACUAGAAAAUAAUCCGGCUGGACUGGGAAGGAUUUUGAUGUUUAGUUUGAUAUUCUUUCCAGUUUUAAAUGUUACUCCAUGCCAUUUUUUUAUACUGCUUUAUUUACCUACAAUUUAAAUGUAAAUAAUACAAUUCUCAGCAAUUUUA